UGGGGGCGGGGCCAGCGCUGCAUCCGGGCAUUCGCACGCCGGCGCUUUUGUGAGGCCGACUUCCUUCCGGAUCAUAGAGCGGCGGGAAGAGAGGAAGGAAGGAGGGAAAGGAGCAGUCUAUGGAGCCACGUUUGUCAUGAUGAGAAGCAACUAAACAUCUGGUGGAUAUUAAAGAAUUUGGAAUCCAAAAGUGCACUAAGGAAACCAGCCAUUGGCACCUUCCAUACAGGAAGGUGCCCAUGUGCCUGAACUCUUCACCUCACUCACAGUUCAGAAUAGGAAAGUGUCUAUCUUGGAUUUUGAAGUACCAACAUGGAGAAAAAAACAUAUAUAUGUACUGAAUGUGGGAAGAACUUUCGACUGCAUAAACUUCUGCAGUUACAUGAAAGAACUCACACUGGUGAGAAACCCUACACAUGUCUGGAGUGUGGGAAGAGCUUCACGCAGCGUGGACAUCUACGUAAACAUCAAAGAACGCACACUGGGGAGAAACCCUAUGAAUGUCCGGAGUGUGGAAAGAGCUUCACUCAGAGGGAAGGCCUAAGUUCCCAUCAAAGAACUCACACUGGAGAGAAACCCUAUGAAUGUCCGGACUGUGGAAAGAGAUUCAGUCAGAGUGGAAAUUUACAGACACACCAAAGGAUUCACACUGGGGAGAAACCCUAUAUAUGUCCAGAAUGUGGAGACAGCUUCACCGGCAUUGGAGAUCUACGUAAACAUAAAAGAACUCACACUGGGGAGAAACCCUAUACAUGCCAGGAGUGUGGAAAGAAUUUUGCGCAUAGUGGAUCUCUGCAUUCACAUCAGAGAAGUCAUACUGGGGAGAAACCUUAUGAAUGCCCCGAGUGUGGAAAGAGAUUCACUCAGAGUGGAACUUUACAGAAACAUCAAAGGACUCACACUGGGGAGAAACCUUAUGAAUGUCAGGAGGGUUGAAAAAUAUUCACACAUAAUGUAACUUUACAGAAGCAUCAAAGCGUUCACAUUGGGGAGAAACCCUAUACAUGAUUGGAAUGUGGAAACUAGGCAUGUGCAACCCAUGCUUCUAAAUGGUUCUAAAACACUUACAAAACUAAAAUUCUGGUGGUGAAAACUAGGGGGCGCUGGUGCUUUGCUUCCACAGUGUUGCUAAAGUUCUGGUGGUGAAAAUUUCAGAACUCUAACAAAACUUUCAAAAUUUCAUUAUUAUUUCAUUAUUGAUUUUUAUGACAACCCAUUAGGAACUGCCAUUUAUAAUGAAAUUUUGAAAGUUUUGUUAAGAGUUCUGAAAUUUUCACCACCAGAACUUCUGCCAACCUAGCAGUUCGAAAGCAUGAAAAUGUGAGUAGAUCGAUAGGUACUGCUCCAGCGGGAAGGUAACGCCGCUCCAUGCAGUCAUUCCAGCCGCAUGACCUUGGAGGUGUCUAAGGACAACGCCGGCUCUUUGGCUUAGAUAAUGAGUUAUCUGAGAGUAUUUGAGUUUUGAGCAAAGCUGGCUGAAGUAAUAAAACCUCUGCAAGAGAGCUUAAAGCAAAUUACUCCUCACAUGGCUGAGAUUACUGAAACAGCUGAGCAGGCUUUGUAAUCUGUAUUGAGUUUGGUGUUAAAACACUCUGUAAAAGACAACACGGUUGCGCCAGCAGAUCAACAGAGGAAUGCCAGACGAUAAUUGGGAUGUAUUGUGAAUCAAAUUGACGUAAUAUAGCAGUGCCUACAAACAUAGUCAAGGCAACUGGCGAAGCCUCAAAACAUAACACGUGUUUCCCAGAAAGCAACAAAAUAGAAACUGCAACCUCAUAUUCAUACUCUGGUAAUGUUUUAAUAGGAUUUAUCUAUUA